UUCCUCACUGAGCAUCACGGGAAAGACUUGAAACAUAAUGGCGGCAGAUUCGAGUCAAGCACAGCAGAAACUCCAUAAUCCAUCUAGAGUGGUGAAACAUUGAUCGAAUACUGAGCUAAGAUGCGAUUCAGAGCUAAGAUAAUCGACCUGAGCUGUAUGCAACGAUUCACACGUGUUCUAGGCACGAUAUCUCGUAUGGCUAAGACUGCCACUCUUCGUCUUACUCCAACCAAGUUGUAUUUCAUUUUUGCGGAUACUGUAGCGAGUGGUGGGAUAUCGAUAUGGUGUGAAUUAAACCAGUGCAACAUCUUUGAUGAGUACCGCAUAGAAGGCACAGAUGAAACAAAUAACAUCUACUUGGAGCUGAUUCCAGAAAAUCUGAGUAGAGCAAUGAGGUCUGCAAGCAAUGCCCAGGCUGUCAAAAUAAAACUUACUAAGAAGCAUGUCCCUUGUAUAACGUUUGAGAUCAUCCUGCCAUCUUUGUCUGCACAUACCCGGACUGUCACACAUGAUGUCCCUGUUAGUGUUAUACCACAGAGAAACUGGGAUGAGUAUGCCGAGCCAAACAUGCCAGAUGUUGAUGUUAGUAUUUACAUGCCGCCACUCAAAGUCUUGAGGAAUGUGGUUGACAGGAUGAAGAAUCUUGGAAACUUCUUAACAAUAUCAGCAAGCUACACUGGCACUAUGACUUUGGGUGUUGAAACAGACCUGGUUACCGUCACCACUUACUUCAAGCAUUUAGACAUACCCACAUGGGAGAAUGACGCCCCUAUGUCUCAUAACCGUGAUCCAGAUGCAAUGGUUGAAGCAAGGGUGGACAUAAAAAAGAUAGCUACCUUUUUGAAUGGACAGCAGUUUGGUCCAAACAGAGUUAUAUGCAACAUUGUGGAAAACAGAGCUGUCCAGUUCUUUCUGUUGCACGAGGAUGUGUCACUGCAAUAUAUGAUACCAACAGUGUCCAGGUAGUAGCUGAAUUUCAGGAAUCACUAUCUGGAUUGUUACCACGCAAGCCAAGAAUGAAAAUAGUUCGCGAACCUACCCGCCCAUGAGAGACCGUCAAACUUGGUGUUUGCAAGUCGUGGGGGAGAAAAAUCGCAUUUCACCUCUUGCUCUUUGAUUUUUUUGUUUUUGCCGUUUCCAUAGCGACGUCGCUAAACUAGCUAUUUUUGAACUGGGGGGAGACAGUUCUACAUUCUAUAAUGGCUUAAAAGGAAAUUGGCCAAAUGUUAUACAUAUGUUUUGUUGCCUGAGAAAUGAGGUUCUAGAAGAAGCCUCUGCGUUCAUAUGCAAUGUAAGAGCUCCCAAAAUGCCUGUCUGAAGUUUGAGCGCUGAAAGUAAUAGAUCAUUUGGUUGACUGAUGCGUCGACAAAAAGAAGCAUCAAAGCGUUCAAAUACACCAAGCCUUGUGGUUGCAAGAUACCGUGCUCUACAAGGGUGUUUGCCACGGCGAACGAGCCAACACAGGGUAAACACGGACGCUACUUUACAGACCUUGCGUUUAGUGUGUGCGCUCUCUCCAUUUGUUCCCACAUCUAUUGGACAGAUUGUAUUGUUGAAAUAGAAUCCUCUAAUGAUUGUGGCGUGGCAAAAGCUCAUGAUACAGUAAGAAAUGCCUCUUUUUCAUAAUGGCUUGCCCAAGCAUGAAUGCAAAUUAAGGCUUAUAAGUGACAUACUUAGUGCACACAAAGAAAGACACAGCGAAUGCCACUGAUAUAAUCCAAAUUGCCACAAGAAAGUACACAAUGUUUUCCAAAGUGAGUCCAUUUUACCUCGAUGGGCUUUCGAGCCAUAUUGCGCUCGUGAGAUAUCAAAUUGCUAACGUAAGUACAGUAAAUGUUGGAAAAUUCGCGACCGGAAAAUUCGCGAACACUGAAAAUUCGCGGUCAGGUCUUGGACCCCGAGGUUAUUUUGCCCCCUAAAAUACUACUAAUUUACUAAUAUAUAAUACAAAAUAACUACAAAAUACCCGCUUCCGGUUUAAAGCCGCAUUGUCACCAGUUUACUUCCGGUCGAUUACGUAACAAUCUCCGAUGAUUUUUAACGGAAAACGCGAAAAAUAUUGAAAGCAUUGUGUUUAUUGGAAGAUUCUUUGAAAAUGUGAUUGAUAAUUUAGAGCGGAUGGCCUGUUUAAUAUCUCAGAUUUUAAUAGAUUCUUUUGUCUUUUAACGGUUGAGGUUUCCGACGGACCUCCGGAAGUAAACUGGUGAAAAUGCGGCUUUAAAUCGCGUAUUUAAUCCUUGGACCUCAAUUUACUAACAUUCACUGUACGGACACCGCGAGCGUCACUAUGCAGACGUUAACUCCAGUUUCCCAGUUACGAGAACGCAUAUCAGAUCGCCGGCGGGGCCUUGGAGGAUACUCACGUACAACACUGAUACAGCUGGAAUGGCGAACAUGAGGCUCACAAAGUCUACGCAAGCUAGAUUAGCUAGCAGUAUGUUGGUCGGGGUUCGCAACGAUCUUUUUCGCUUAACUAUGAUGAUAACCAUAAGAUUUCCCGUCAUUCCUAGUGUUGCCACAAUUCCGAGAACUGCUGUAAAAAAUCAGUCAUCCGCAUCAGUUAAACAGACACCUGCUCAAAUUUGAAUUGACAAAGCUAAUUAUUAGCUUCCUAAUUUAUCUAUGCUCGUAUAAAAUGUGAUCAAAUUAUGAAAAGUAUAGCUGCAUAGAUAGAAAAAAUCUCAUUUUGAUAUGUAUAUAUAUUUAUCUAUCUGCAUUUCUACAUAUUUCUUUUGAUUUAAAAUGAAUAAAAUGUAAUAUGCAAUAGAAUGAAGUAUUAUCAAAAUAAGCCGCAAUUAAAAUUUAAGAUGAUUGACAAAUAGAUUAAACCACACUUUCGCCUAAAAA